UGCACAUAUGAUUAUUCGAGUUUACCAAAUUUUCAUUUGAAGCAAUAUCGUUUUCCUAGCUUCCGCGGACACAGAUUUUAUUCGUGCACGAACCGCUUCUAUUCACGUAGUCCACCGUCUCGAACAGCCGUCGCCAUGAGCUAUUGGAGAGCCGCCGGAUUAAACUAUGUUAACUAUUCCAAUAUUGCUGCCAAAAUUGUAAGAAGGGUAUUAAAACCUGAACUUCAAAGCAAUGCCAGUAAACGUGAUGAGACUCAUGUUAAGUUCACUCCAUGGAUCAAAGGAAAGCCAGCUAAUGAAAAAGCUUAAGCUUAUACAAGCUAAAAAAAUUGAAAAAUUCGUAAAAAAAAUUUUCAACCGGGUCAACAAUAGUCGAUUAAACUACUAUGAAACAUUCAAAUUUUUAAAUAAAAUCCAAUGUAAUACUUU